GUUUCCCCUAAUCUAGAAAUAACAACAAGCCUCUAGCCCCACGCUUCCUAAGAGAAUUCCUAGAAUUGGCUUUCGAUUCAUAGAACUUAGAAGGCGUAGUAUUGAAACGAGAACAGCCUCAUUCGUCGCAAAGUAACUAGAGCGUUAAAACGUGUCUGUAUACAAGGAUAUAAAAGUUUUCAUCUAUCAAUUUGAGUCUACAAUUCGAGGUGAGCAAGUGAUUGAUACUGUCCACUGAUCAUUAAUAUAACAUUGACAGACACUGAGACUCUUUAGCAGUUCUAGUUUUGUGUAUCAAAAAUCAAGUAUGCCAAUCGGUACUAGUAGUAGUACUAGUUACCAGGAGUAAAGACACAUCACUUUGAUUUCGUUUACAACUAGUUAGUAUAAACUUAAAAUACUUUAUUCUCUUAAGUUAAAGUGCUUUCUAUUAUUACGUAUUAUUACUUAUUAUAACUAUAACUCUAAUUCUAGGACUAGCUUGGGCAGCCUUAGAUUAUUUUUUUUACAUUAUUACUAUACUAUGAGUAUGUAAAUGUAAAAUGUUAUUAAAUAAAAUUAAUUAAAAUAUUACGGCUACGGUCCAGUAGACCAAUAAUAAUAAUUCUUGACUUAUAUCUUAUUUAUUUAUUUAAGGCAUGUUACCAUUCUCGGGCCAGGAAAUUUUAAAAUAUUUAAUUUUAUUUGAUGAUAUAUUAUAAUGUGUUUUUAAUUACCAAAACUGUCACUAAAGCCUACUGUUAAUGUAAAAGUGAAAGAAAAAGUUAUUUUUGUGUGUUGUUUUUUUAACGACAAAACGCAACCCACACUGUAGACUGUAGGCCAACUACUAUUAGACUGUAAUACAUUUAAAUAAGUGAGAAUCAAGGGUGAACUUAGUUACAUAAGUUACAUUGACAUUUAAUAAUGAAUUGAAUUCAAUGAUCAAUGAUAAUCUGGUGUUUGCAGAUAUGAUAAUGAUAAUGACAUUAAUGAUAUACAAUACAAUUUGUCAUUCAUUUACACACUUGAUAUUUCACAUACUUAACAUACUGAUGCACUGUAGUAUUAAAUAUUUAAAAUAAAACACACAAAUUACAUUUGAAGGCUGUACCGUACCAAAUUUUAAAAAAAUAUAUUCCUCUGAAACUUAAAAAAAAUGUAAUAUUGGCCUAUCUGAAUCUGAUAAUUUUAUUUCAAGUUAACAGCUUAAGAUAUCUACAAUAUUGUUAUUCAUAUUGUAGGCUAUCAUUUAAUAGUAGUGUCUGUUUCCAAAAUUUUUACAGUCCAUUUAUUAGGAUUUGGUCCAAUCUCACUCACCCUUAAGCCUUAAGCAGGCCUUGAAAAAAACAGGCCUAAAGAAAUUAUAGGUCUCAUUACUCUAUGUUUGAACUUGUUGGUCAUUAAUUUAAGCCCUAAUAACAGAUUAUGAGUUCAAAGCCCUGUUUAAGACUACCAUGUGAACCUUGUUGUAAAAUGUAUAUGGUUUAAAUUGAAACACCAUAUUUCAGAUUAUUAGUUGAUAUCCCAUAUAACAGGUACAUGGCUUUAAUUGGCCAUUUUUUUAAAUAGUAAAAGAAACAAAUAUCAACGACUUAUCAGAAUACAAAAAAAUAAUUUUGAGUUACUUAAUUAAGCUUUAUACCCAAGCCUAACUCCUCAGCUGAAUAGCAUUUUGCUUAUUAAACAUAGUACCCAUAUCCAGGUCAAGCAACAGGAACAGAUUUUAAGUUGUUUAAGAGGAAAUCCACAACCCAAUUUAUUAUGUGAAAUAGAAAGACUUCAAUGGAUGCUUAGAAGUGCUCUUAGUCAUACUUAUUCUAGUGGUCACCUGGGGGUCAAUAAUUCCCUGGUGCUUAGUACUUAGUUGAUUAAUUUGUGUAGUGAGAAACCAUUUAAAAAGCUUUUCUAUCACAUGAAAAAUGCAACUUUUAUUUAGUUUAACGAAUCAGAAUAAGCUGCUCCGGACUUAAAGCAGUAAUAUCUCAUUUUAGGACUUUCGCUUUGUUAUGACUAAAGCCUAUGAAAUAUAUGAACUUAGCAUAGCAUAUAUUAAUGGCCCCUAUAGCAUAUGGUAACAGUUUUUUCAACACCUAAAAAAUGUUGAAUCCAUUUUAAUUUUAUUAUAUUAUUUUUUUCCCCCUUGGUUCCUGUGAGCUUGAAUGAAUGACCAAUGAAUGUUUUUUUUUUAAAUUUAUUUAUUUUAGCCCCCCAGGCUAUUAAAUAUGUGAGAAUCCCUGAACUCACCCAACCCUUUUCUCUGCCUCAUCAGGAAAAGGGAAAAGCUAUUAUUUACUAGUACUUUCCCAGUGUUUCCUCAUAAUUAUUUUUGGACAUUUCCUUGAAGUCCUAACCUUUAGUUUAUAAUUAGAAAGUAUGAAACCAUUGGGAUCCACCAGCACAUCCUAGUUUGUCUGUGCUGUCUGGUUUAUGAACCUUUGACUUGGCUAUAUGGUGCUUGUGGGGACAACCCCCCCCCCCCCCCCCCCCCCCCCCCCGUGUACCGGUACUGAUUUCCUGGCUGUUGUGUACUUGUGACCUGGCUUUUGUGUACUUGUGACCUGGCUGUUGUUGUUACAACUGUGGUAUAGUUUAAUCUUAUUGAAAGUGCUGAUGAAAUGGUGAAUGUCCCAUUAAAUUACAACAAAUACAAAAAUAAGCAUUCUUCCGAACAUGAAUGUGCCAUUUAAAGGCAUUUUCCAGAUCAGAAUUACCUAUCUCAUCUAGGCAUCAUCUGACAAAUUUAAAAAUUUGUAUAACACAUCAAGUCAUAAAUUAGAACAAUAUAUACAGCCUCAAAAAACUCAAGGCUUUACAGCGUUAUUGAAAUGAUUGUUAACUAAUUACAAGUUUUUUGUUUUUUAACCAUAGAUUUAAGUUAGAUGUUUAUUCUAAAGUAGUAUGUCAUAUUAAUGUGUGCUUUCAUUCUCAUCCUGAUCAGCAUGUUGCAGACUGCUGUUACCAGAUGCCUCCAAGUGUCAACAACCUCAACCCCGCAGAGGAUAUCUUUAGGUGUCCUCUGUCGAGCAAUGCCCUAAAGAGGUCAGAUAUUGAAAAGAUCGCCGCUAAAAGGAAUUCAUUAUAUCCCAAUAAAGAAGGCAAUACUUUUAAAUCCUCAAAUCAGAAAAAAUGUGUUAAAGAAACUUGUGAUUUAAUUAUCCAAAGAAACAAUGCUGGAGAUGUGAGAGCCUGUCCAAAUAUUUGUGUGAUAACUCCCCAUGGGCAGGCAUCAUUUAAAAGCAGGCAGCAUGGGAUGGCGCUUGUCGAUAAUGGAGCUCUUCAAAAUGAGGAAAACGUAAACGUCAGAAAUGAUUCUGGUUUCGGAUCAGGUGGAUUCUAUAUUUACAAACCUCAGUACGACUGCAACAAUGAAUUGGAGAAACUAGAAAGAAAUUCAGAGGAGCUAUCCAUGUGUUAUUUCUAUUUUGGUGCCCUCAGUAGCACGGAGGCAAGAAAUAUUCUUCGCAAGAUGCCCAACGGAACAUUUCUGGUUCGAGAUAGCUCAGACUCCAGAUAUCUGUAUUCGCUGAGUCUGAAGACAGAGCGAGGUGCCACCAGUGUCAGAAUUCUUUAUAACAAUGGUUUAUUUCAGUUUGAUAGCGAUGAGAGGAUUAGGGACAAGCUGCCCUGUUUUGAAAGUGUGUUGGCCCUUGUGGAUUUUCAUGUGAUGAUCUCACAGGAUGGCAGUAAUAAAUCAUGGCGGUGGGAGGAGAACUCUGGGAGGAAAAACAUGACGGUGACGCUGAAGGAGCCUCUCAAGAGUGCUGUGCCUUCACUGGCUCAUUUGUCACGGGUAAAAAUUAAUCACUGCUUAGAAGAUGUAUAUUUGCCUCAUUUGUCUGUAGAUAAAUUACCUUUAACUAACGAAUUGAAGGAAUAUCUUAAAGUUUAUCCGUACAGGGUAUGACAAUAAUUUUAAUUAGGAAAUUAUACAAGGGUAAAUACAUCGGAAUCACAUGUGUCAUCAAUGUCACUUGUUGUAUCUGAUCUUUCUAAAGUCCCAAUUUCUUUAAGUGGUUUCCAAAUCCCAUUGAGAUAUUUUUACGCCCAAGCAUUGGCUUUGUUUACAUUUUUAAGAAUAAAUCUGAAAAUACAGCAGAAGGUGCCCAUGUGAAAACUGCAACUACCUUCCACAUCACAAUGGGUCUUUUGGUCUCUAUUUAAAGUACUGUUGGCUGAAGUUUCACAAUGCUCUUGAAAUAUGGUUCUUCCAAUGGUCAGCGUGACCCAGGUUGGAACUGGUUUCAAUAGCAAAAUUUAAGGAAAUGCCUUACAUAUGUGGAUAAUUUGCCGCUGCCUGCCCAUCAUGGCUGCCUGCCCAUCAUGGGUGUGGCGGGUGGUCAGUCCUUGACUGUCAGGUCCAAUCUGGUGGCUGUUGCAUAAUGAACUGGGUGAGAAGUUUCUCCUGACUCGAGUCAAUCACUAAGUUAUAACUUUUUGAUGGUUCUAGUUCAGCCAGUCUUCUGUAUUCUCAAAAUCAUGACCACUAAUGCUUAUAUAAAGCAUUUCUCUACCUCAGGAUGUACAGUUGUAUGAGAGUGAGUGAAAGUUGGUGAGAUUUUUUUUUUAAACUGGGGUUCAUUCCUUGCUGGUUUUUGUUGAAAAACUUUUUUUUUGUAAAAACUGAUAAUAUUCGGAAAACUCAAGAAUAGAUUUUCAGUUAUGCCUCUAGGAAAAAUGUAAAAUAAAUUUGUAACAGUCAAAUACAUUUUCCCUCAUUAUGUUUUAUAAAGAAAUUUCAAUAUACUUUUUUAUUAUUAAGUUAUUUUUUUUUACUGCAUGUUAAGCAUUUUUUAUUCACAAAUUUAUUAUUGAUUUCUUACAUUUUUAAUGCUUUUUUUUAUUUUUAAAAAUGUGAUUUAUUGAGGUGUGUAAUGUUUACACAGAUUUAGGGGUGACCUAGUUGUAAGUUUAAUGUAUUUCUGCAUGCCUCAAGAUGAUAUUUGUUUUACACCAGGCAAAAUGUUCGUAUAGCUUCCAAGCACUGCUUUAAACUUGUCAAAUUUAAUUGGGUUACACAACUUAUAUUUAGGUCACAAAUUUCUUAAAUGG